CGCUGAAUGGAACUCGCGUUUCCCACAAUCGGCUUCAAGUCUUGCACCGCGCCUUGAACCAGGCGAAACUCUCCUCCGCCACAGUUGGAAAAGGUUCGCGAAUACGUCCGAAAGGCCAAGGCCUUCGACUCACAUCCAAACAGCUCUAUUGCUAUUAGCUGUGUGUCGGCAAGCACUGAGCAGGGAUACGGCAUUAGUAAUCCUUUGUCUUUACAUUUGGAACACUUGGCCGGGGGAGAAUUCCAAUUGCACUUGCAUUCACCUCAAAGGCAAGGCGCUCAGACUUUCUCAUAUAGUGGGCCACUUCACUGGUACGAAGCAGUCUCCUGAAGGGCGGAACCCGAACGACCGCUUUGGAGCAGCUCCUUGUGGCUCUGCUCGGCGACGGUAGCUCCGCGAUGACCACGGCUUUCUCGACCGGGGUCGUCCCGAUGGAUAUCGUAGACCCUAACAGGGGAGCCAAGGUCCUGCCGAGUCUUCCCGGCGCAACACCGCAACAGCCCAAAGGCCGUCCAAAAUUCUCGCUCGCCGAUUUCCACCUCGACCGCACACUCGGCACCGGCUCAUUCGGUCGGGUGCAUCUAGUCCGACUCCGCUCAACGGGGAAAUAUUACGCCAUGAAGGUGCUGAAGAAGACGGAGAUCGUCAAGAUGAAGCAGAUCGAGCAUACCGUGAACGAGAAGCAUAUUUUGGAGCAGCUGGAUUUCCCAUUUUUGGUCUCGAUGUUAGGGACGUUUCAGGAUUAUGCCAAUUUGUAUUUUGUCAUGGAGUAUGUGCAGGGUGGGGAGCUGUUCUCGUAUCUGCGGAGAUGUGGGCGCUUUCCAAACCAUGUAGCCAAAUUCUAUGCAGCGGAGGUGGUAAUGGCAUUUGAGCAUCUGCACGCCAAGGACAUCAUUUACCGCGACUUGAAGCCGGAGAACUUGUUGAUCGAUGCGAAAGGCAACAUCAAAAUCACCGACUUUGGCUUCGCUAAACAUGUGCCUGAUGUCACAUGGACGCUUUGCGGCACGCCGGAUUACCUUGCCCCAGAAAUCAUCCAGUCGAGAGGUUAUGGCCGCGCUGUUGACUGGUGGGCGCUCGGGAUCUUGAUCUAUGAGAUGCUCGCCGGCCACCCACCCUUCUACGACGAAGACCACUUCAAACUCUACGAAAAGAUCCUCGCCUGCAAGGUGAAAUUCCCCAACCACUUUGACCCAGCAGCCAAAGACCUCGUCAAACGCCUCCUCCAAGCCGACCUCACCAAGCGCUACGGCAACUUGAAAGGCGGGGUCAACGACAUCAAGAAACAUAAAUGGUUCGUGGGCGUCGAUUGGGUCGCCCUUAGGGCCCUGCAGAUUCAGCCACCGUACACCCCGCCACUCAAGGGCGAAGGGGACACGAGCAAUUUCGACGCUUAUCCCGAGGACUAUGAGCCGUAUGGGAUCGUGUGCGCGGACCCUCACAGAGAAAAGUUUAGGGAGUUUUGAAAGAAGGAAGUCGGAUUAUUUUCGGUUUUCUUGCUUGCUUUUUGGGAGUUCGGCGCGCUUUUUUGGAAAUGCAAUUUGCUGCUGCAUUUUGCGACUGAAGAUGGCAUCGGUUGUAGGCGAAGAGAUCUUCGCCUAUUUGUUUGGUGGCGCGGGUGUCCGCGGAGAAUUUUGGGAGCACAGCCUUGCUUGUUUAUGGCACUGGAUAGACUUAGGUGGUGAAGAGGACGGUGGGUACGGGCUGGGGAGAUGAAGACGAAGGGACAACGGGGUCCGGAAAGCGACAUUUAUGCAUUCAGGCUUCUGCAUUGGGACUACUCAAUACAGCACACAUUUUUGUCACGAGC